AUGGCCCUGUUAUCAUAUCUCUGCAUCUUGAUCCAAGUCGCUGCACUGGCCGCAGCAGCUUCUUUCAAUUCCAGUGUUCGCGUGACAGACCCCUACAUUGCCACCCAAUGGAACGCCUGUCCUUCAAUAUGCGACAGUGCCAACCCCAAUGACUGGGACUUUUACUCCAACCUUCGAAUACUUAAGUCGUGCAAAGAACCAAUGCUCCUCAACCUGGUUGUUGGCUUUCCCAAUAGCACUACGAAUCUCAAUGCCCGCCAGCCGCUGUAUGCCUGUUCGACAACAAACAACGGACACAGCAGUGCUACCUCUAAGGCCAAAACUGCGAGUACACCACAGGCAAGUUCCUCGCGCUACUUAAAAAGAGAUGUUCAGGUAGAGACCGCGUGGCGGGGAGAGGAAACAAGCCGGUAUACAUCCCACGCGGGGGUCGCAGCUCAACUUGCGCAGUCGCAAUUGAAUGCCCCAUCCAGCGAAAAUGCCACUAUUGCCAUUGGGUACUCGAACGGGGUCGUCCUUGGAGCGUUCGUUGGCUCCCAAAUGCAGAAAGGUAGCGACAAGGACAGUGGCAUUUUAGGACUCUUCCUAAAUAAGAUCCAACAGGGAGAACUGAACAAGUCCGGCGUCAUGAUGCAGGUCUGCGAGAGUGACCGUGCCGCAGCUUACACACUUGGUGUUGUCGCUGAAGCAAACCCAGAUCCCUCGCGAGCCCUGAGCGCCGUGCGAGAGGCCCUUGCAACUUGGGAUACAGGGAAAUGUGCUUCUGGAUACAGCGGGAGUUUUUCCUCCACGAUGUCUGUGGGUGAGGUCGUGGAUGAGGGCCAGAACGACAGUCCUGUCCCAGUGGUAACGGAACCAGCGUACAUCGACGUGCCCAUAAACAUUCGCACGGAAUGGGUCUGCUACAUGACAAACACCGCCGAGCAACAUGCACCGCCAUUCGAGUCAACGACGGCGACAUACAACCCGAGCAGCACCUUGUGCUCUUCCUUGCUUGCUGGGCAGCAUGUUUGCUGCUCUGCCGGUACGCUUCCGGACUAUUCUCCCCAGCCCAAUGCCGAUGGGACACGCGCAACGUAUAACGUCCAGAACAACGAUGGGUGUAGUAAAAUUGUCGCUGCUAAGAGCAUUACGGUUGAUGAUAUUGAGGAGUGGAAUAAGAAGUCGUGGGGGUGGACAGGAUGUGAUAGCAUUCAAGCUGGAGUGUUUCUGGAUAGGCAAUGCGGUACUACUGCGGAAUUUUGCACAAGAGCCAGCGAUGGCACUAAUGGAUGUAUCUCGAACUGCGGCACUGACAUCGUUUUUGACGAGCAUGGCUCCGACGACCAUCCUGUACUGGUUGGAUACUAUGAAGCGUUUCAGAACAGUCGACCAUGCUUGAACCUGGACGUAACAGCUAUCAAUAACACAGUUCAAUGGGGUGGUCAACAAGGAAGCCAUUCAUCAACAUUUUCGCAAGUUUGGGAUCAUAUCCAUUUUGCGUUCGCCAACAUUACUAUAUCAUUCGAGGUGGACAUUUCUAGCGUCCAAGAUGAGUUUGAGCAGUUCAAAAAGUUUGGAUCCCCAGGAAAGAAGCCCAAGGUGUUGUCCUUUGGUGGAUGGUCAUUUUCCACGGCUUUGGACUCCUAUGCCAUUUUCCGUAAGGGCGUUACCGAUGAACAGCGUUCAUUAUUUGCAUCUAAUGUCGCAAAGUUUGCUGAUGAUAAUGACCUUGACGGACUCGACUUUGACUGGGAGUAUCCAGGGGCCCCUGAUAUCCCUGGCAUUCCCGCAGGCGAUCCCGGUGAUGGUGAUCGAUACCUCCAAUUCCUGAAGGAAGUUCGGGAUAAAAUCUCCUCUGAAAAGACGCUGUCGAUCGCAGCUCCUACCUCUUACUGGUAUCUCAAGGGUUUCCCGAUUGCGAAUAUCUCGUCCGUAGUUGACUACAUCGUGUACAUGACUUACGACCUGCACGGCCAGUGGGACUGGGACAAUGCUUGGUCGGUUGAUGGUUGUGAUGGCGGUGGCUGUCUCCGGUCACACGUCAACUACACUGAGAUUGUCAACUCUUUAUCGAUGAUCACCAAGGCCGGGGUGCCCAACAGCAAGAUCGUCGCAGGUCUGGCGAGCUACGGCCGGUCCUUUGGGAUGGUUGACCCAUCCUGCUAUGGACCUGAGUGCAAGUUCAAGGGCCCGGAAUCAGCGGCUAUGCCUGGACAAUGCACGCAGACACCAGGUUACAUCGCAAAUGCAGAGAUCGAUGACUGGCUUCAAGGUGAUCAGAAUAUCACCACGUACUUUGACCACGUUAGCCGAUCCACGAUCUCGUACUCGGCAAACGGAACAUGGGUGGCCUAUACGGAUGACAAUGAGAGGAACAAUAGGAUUACCGAAUGGUGGUAUAACAGAACCGUCCUUGGAACAAGUCUCUGGGCAAUUUACCUGACUGAAUUCAUCGCUGAACUCCCGGACGGUACAGUUCUGCCUCCAGUGACCCUACCCAACUGUGAUCAAGCCUUUACCAGUCUGGACGAUGUCGAAGCCUCUGCCGAUUCAAUCGAUCCGGGAUGCAUGAAUUUGUAUCUGAUCCAAGCAUUGAAGAGUAAUCUCUCCCCGUCGGUCUCGGCGUACCAUGAGGUCAUGAAAACAGACUACGACAAGAAAUUCGGCUGGUAUCAGGAUGCGGUCAGGGAGCAAUUCCCGCGGUCUCUCCAGGAUUUCUUGAAGGCCAAUGCCUCGAAUUACUUCGAAUGCACCUCUCAGGGUAUGGUCCCGCGGAGCGAAGAGCCGGAAGGCAAGAAUGUAAGCUCUUCGUGCCCAUCCAAUCCAAAGGAUACAGGUUACGCAAUCUUCUAUUGGACAGCGAAGGACAAGGAUGGGUUUCUGGAGGAUCUUGAAGACACUACAGGAACCUCGCCAGAUCAGCUCGUGUGGGAAAUUGAUGCAUCCCAAUGUGUAAGUAGUCCAGACCCGUCACAGCCGACCAUGUGCAGCGGCAGCAGGAACAUUGGCAUGCCGAACCUCCCACCAGAUUUCACCGUCAGUAAUCCCAAGGACAUCAUCUCUGCUCGCCUCCCAAAUAUCACGAUAUUCGAGGAACAGUCUAGUAGGGAAAUCUUCACAACGGGACAACAGUCAAAUGAUGUCUGA